ACAUGGUUCUGAGGAAUGUUCCUUCUCCUACUCUCCUAGCCAAACCCAAAAAAAGCCUUGCUGUAUUUCCAUUUUCUAGUUGCUAUAAAUACAUUAAGGCCUCAAUUACAAAACACAAAACUUUAUAAAAUCUUUCUGUUUUAUAAGCAACUUAGUUUUAUAUUUUUUCUUGAAAAAUGGCUUCUGGGAAAGCACUUAAGCGGUCCGAUACAAUUGCAGAGAGUAUGCCUGAUGCAUUGAGGCAAAGCAAGUAUCAUAUGAAGAGAUGUUUUUCUAGGUUUGUUGCAACUGGUAGAAAACUAAUAAAACAACAAAAUAUAAUGGACGAACUGGAGAAAUCAAUACAAGAUAAGUCUGAAAGGAAGAAGGUCUUGGAAGGCUUACUUGGUUACAUUCUGAGUUCAACUCAGGAAGCAGCUGUUGUUCCACCUUAUAUUGCAUUUGCAGUAAGGCCAAAUCCUGGAUUUUGGGAAUAUGUUAAAGUGAAUGCUGAUGAUUUAAGCGUAGAGGGUAUCUCUUCAUCAGAAUACUUGCAGUUCAAAGAAAUGAUCUUCGACGAGAAUUGGGGUAGAGAUGAAAAUGCUUUGGAAAUAGAUUUUGGAGCUGUUGAUUUCUCAACUCCCCACCUCACUUUAUCCUCUUCUAUUGGGAAGGGCAUGAAUUACAUUUCAAAAUUUAUUUCCUCAAAGCUUGGUGGUAGCUCUGCUGCUGCAAAGCCUUUGCUUGACUAUUUGCUAGCCCUUAAUUAUCAGGGAGAGAGUCUUAUAAUCAAUGAAAAGUUGGAUUCAGUUGCAAAACUUCAAGCAGCACUAAUGGAAGCUGAAAGUGUUCUCUCAGCAUUUCCAAAAGACACACCACAUCUGAAUUUCCAACAAAGGCUGAAAGAGUUGGGGUUUGAGAAGGGAUGGGGGAAUACUGCAGAAAGAGUAAAAGAGACAAUGAGGAUGCUUUCAGAAUCACUUGAAGCACCGGACUCGGCGAAACUAGAGUUGUUCUUUAGCAGGCUUCCUAACAUGUUCAACAUUGUAAUUUUCUCUCCACAUGGCUACUUUGGUCAGGCAGAUGUUCUUGGAUUGCCGGAUACUGGCGGCCAGGUGGUUUACAUUCUUGAUCAAGUAAGAGCAUUAGAGGAAGAGCUGCUGCUUAGAAUCAAGCAACAAGGCCUAAACAUGAAGCCUCAGAUUCUUGUGGUAACCAGACUAAUUCCGGAUGCUCGAGGAACUAAGUGCAACCAAGAAAUGGAAUCUAUCAUUGGCACAAAGCAUUCUAACAUUCUCAGAGUCCCAUUCAAGACAGAAAAAGGAGUUGUUCCUCAAUGGAUCUCCCGUUUCGAUGUCUAUCCUUACCUUGAGAAAUUUGCUCAAGAUGCUGCUGAUAAAGUACUUGAACAAAUGGAAAGCAAACCAGACCUCAUUAUUGGAAAUUAUAGUGAUGGGAAUUUGGUGGCAUCUCUAAUGGCUAACAGACUUGGAAUUGCUCUGGCAACUAUAGCUCAUGCUUUAGAGAAAACCAAGUAUGAAGAUUCAGAUGCCAAAUGGAAGCAAUUAGACCCUAAAUAUCAUUUUUCCUGUCAAUUUACAGCUGACAUGAUUGCAAUGAAUGCAGCUGAUUUUAUCAUUACAAGCACAUACCAAGAAAUUGCAGGAAGUAAGGAUAGGCCUGGACAAUAUGAAAGCCAUGAAGCAUUUACUAUGCCAGGCCUUUGCCGGGUUGUCUCAGGCAUAAAUGUCUUCGAUCCAAAGUUCAACAUUGCUGCUCCUGGAGCUGAUCAAUCUGUCUACUUUCCCUACACCGAGAAAGGAAGGCGGCUGACCUCCUUUCAUCCUGCCAUUGAAGAAUUAAUCUACAGCAAGGAAGAUAACAAUGAGCACAUUGGAUACCUUGCAGACAGGAAGAAACCAAUAAUUUUCUCCAUGGCAAGACUUGAUACUGUAAAGAACAUUACAGGACUAACAGAGUGGUAUGGAAAGAACAAGAGGCUGCGAAACUUAGUAAAUCUUGUGGUUGUAGCAGGAUUCUUUGAUCCGUCUAAAUCAAAAGAUAGAGAAGAAAUUGCAGAAAUAAACAAAAUGCAUGCCUUAAUAGAAAAAUACCAACUUAAGGGUCAAAUAAGAUGGAUAGCAGCUCAAACUGAUAGAUACCGAAACGGAGAGCUUUAUCGAUGCAUUGCAGAUACUAAAGGAGCUUUUGUGCAGCCAGCACUUUAUGAGGCUUUUGGUCUAACAGUGAUUGAAGCAAUGAACUGUGGAUUACCCACUUUCGCCACUAAUCAAGGUGGUCCAGCAGAAAUUAUUGUUGACGGUGUUUCAGGUUUCCAUAUUGAUCCAAAUAAUGGAGAUGAAUCAAGCAAUAAGAUUGCAGAUUUCUUUGAGAAAUGCAAGAGAGAUAGUGAAUAUUGGAACAGAGUGUCUUCAGCUGGCCUGCAGCGCAUAUACGAAUGCUAUACAUGGAAGAUUUAUGCAAAUAAAGUACUGAACAUGGGAUCCAUUUACGGGUUCUGGAGGCAGCUAAACAAAGAACAGAAACUUGCUAAGCAAAGAUACAUCGAAGCAUUUUACAGUCUUCAGUUCAGGAAUUUGGUGAAGAAUGUUCCUAUCCUAGAUGCUGAACCCAAAAAACAACCUUCAUCAUCAACUCUAGCCAGGAAACCAAAAGAACCAGCAGCAUCCGCUGCUGAGUCACAAUCACAAACAACCCAGAAAGCUAAAUUGAAAGAAGAAGCCCCUGAAAUGGAGACGCCUAAACCUCAAACAAGAAAAACGAAAGGAGGUAUAGAAGAGAAGAAAGAAGUGGUCUCAUCAGAAAGCAGUCGUGCAUGGAUGUCAAGGAGUUGGUUUUUCAUUACAAUGACUUCUCUUUUUGCUGGUUAUUACUUGCUAAUGAAGUUGUAUAGCAUAUUCACCUGGAGAAAAUAGAUAUUCUUGAUCCAUUAAGAUUCAGCAAUCAAAUAAAGAUGAUAUAUAUUUCUCCUUUUCUUGAAUUCAUGUAGCUAAUAAUCAGCUGACUUAGAGGAUAGAAAUGCAAUAAUGUAAUAAUUGUCAAAAAUAAUGUAUACCCCUUUGUACUUCUGUAAUUUGUAUACUUUUACAGGAAAAUAAAAUGAAUAAUUUGUAUACUUUUACAGGAAAA